AGUUGCUUAUAUGAAGCCCAGUAACUUUCUCCGGCACAAAUCAAUGGAAUCCGAAGUGCAAUUUGAAAGGUAUCAUACCAUUAAGCAUCAGGGAACAAUGCUUGACCAAGGUUACAAUGCAACAGGUUCAUGGAUGAGAAAACAGCUUCUCCUCGAAGAAAAUCCCUCAGAGAAGGAUGACCAGGACACUUAUUUCUUCACUAGUUAUAGUGAAGUAUCAUGUCCUGAAGCAGUUGUCGAUUCCUCCACGACAUUGUCAGAUAUUAUGGACUGUAUUAACAGCGACAACAGGUACACCCACAGGAAAGACAGUUUAGCUGUGGAUAAUUCUUUAAUACGGACAGAAGACGAUCUCCGCUAUAUUGCAACAAUAUUGUCUGGAGGUGGACAGGUUCAGCUAUGGCAAUUUUUGCUGGAACUGCUAAUCGACACAUCCAAUAAUAAUUGUAUUCGUUGGGAGGACUUAAGCGGGGAGUUCCGAAUAGUCGAUCCAGAAGAAGUUGCCCGAAAAUGGGGUCGUCGUAAAAAUAAGCCAAACAUGAACUAUGACAAACUGUCUCGAGCACUGAGAUAUUAUUAUGAUAAGAUGAUCCUAAAUAAAGUACAAGGAAAGCGGUAUACCUACAAAUUCAAUUUCAGAAUCAUGAUACAAAACCUUAAGUCCAGCUCUUCCAGAUCGUCCGAGGAGAACAUACUGCCAUAUUCCCAGCAUUGCUCCGUGUCGGCAGCCUCUCUUUUCAGUGUGCCACAAAUUAACAGCCAGCAUUCUGAUCCAGAUUCGGGAAGCUUUGGACAUUUAGAAAGCACCCGACACCACCAGCUGUCAUUAUCUUAUCCAUAUUCAUUUCAGUGUCCUCCGUAUAACUAAACCAAAUACACAAACAAACUGUAUAGACAAAAUU